AUGAGACAAUGGAAUAAAUGUGCAGUCAUUAGACAUGUUUGGGAUCUCUUGGUGAUGAAAGAGUCCCUUUGGGCUACUUGGAUAACAAAGAACAAGUUAAAGAAGCUGAGCUUCUGGGGUAUCACCAAGCCCUUGGAUACAAGCUGGAACUGGAGAAAUCUCAUCAAGUUAAGACAGUCUAUCAAAGAUUGUUUCAGCUACAAGUUGGGGAAGGGCAACUGUUCCUUCUGGUUUGAUCCUUGGCUUUGUGGUAAGGCAAUUUGUGAUGAGUACCCUGUUAUCUCCUUGGAAGAUGUUGAUAUCCCCAAGAUUGCUUGUAUGAUGAGAAAGAUGAUGAAGUUUCUUGAAAGUUCAGUAAAUCUGGGAAGUUCUCAAUCAAUUCUGCUUGGGAUUACUUCAGAACUAAAUAUCCUAAGGUGCCUUGGUGGAAAAUUAUUUGGGGGUUCAGGCUGUAUCCCUAAACAUAGCUUCAUAGCCUGGCUUGCAAUUAAGAAAAGUCUUAAGACUAGGGAUAAGUUGAAGAGAUGGGGCUGCAUAGAUAAUGAGAACUGUGUGUUCUGUAACAAUGCUCCUGAAUCUGUGGAACAUUUGUUUUUUGAGUGCCCUGAGUUAAAUGCUGUUAUUAAAGCUGUUAUGGAAGCCUGCUUGAUCAACAGAGACUGGAUAAGUUGGAGAAGAGAGUGGUCUUGGUAUGGAAAGAAAACAAAUGGGAAGACUAUGUUAGCUAAAAUCAUAAGAUUAGCAUUCAUGAGUUCAAUCUACAAUGUUUGGAGAGGAAGAAAUUGUAUAAUUUUUGAGAAGGAGAAGAUUACAGGAACUGUCAUCAAGUCAUGGAUCAGGAAUGAUAUUCUGCUGAAGAUGUUUUCUAGGAGGAACAAUUCUGAGAUGUUUUUGAAAUUGUAUCAGAACUGGAUUAGACUUGUUUAG